AUGGCCGACCACGACCAGAAAGACAUCCACGUCAUCCUUCUCAUCGGCGCCCCUGGAGCUGGGAAGAGCACACUGUGCCAGCGCUUCGCCAAAGAGCAAGGCUACUUCCAUCUCUCAGUCGGCGACUACCUCCGUACCCUAUGCAACACGAACGAGCAACAGGACCCGAAAGUCUUAGGCGGAUUGACGCUGGAGCAUCUCACGAAAAUGCUGGAAGCCCGGACGCUGAUCGAAGCUGAAGUGCUGGUAUCCAUAAUUGCGUACAAGCUCGAGCAAGAACAGAACCAAGGCCACUUGAAGUUCGUUAUCGACGGGUUCCCGAGGACGGAAGAAGCGGCGGAGAAGUUCGAUCGCAAGGUGUGCAGACCAGCCUUUGUCUGCCUGCUACACUGCGAGGCACGAGUGGCAAAAGAUCGCUUCAUUCGCCGGCAGCGCGAUCCAGGCGACGAUGCUGCAAUGUUUGAGAAGCGCCAGUCAGAGCACAUGGAAAACCUGUCUCCAAUCCUCCGUCACUACAAGAACAACAAGCUGAUUGACGCAGGCGGCUCGGCGGACGACAUGUACGCAUCCUUCCUUCGAGUGGUGAGCCCGAGUGGUGUGUCGUAG